UGUACAUGUACGUUAGUCAAUGAUCAAGAACGUGUACAUUACAUACAUGUACGUGGGCGUACGGGUAUCGUACCGGUUAUGCCGGUACUCGUGGAAAACGUGCAGUGGUAGGACGUUUUUGAAAGAAAAAUAGAGAAAGAUGGUGACCUAGAGUCAACUUACGGACCAAUAAAAUGGUUUGGUUCUUGUGCCUUGGUAUAUGGCGGAUAUUUCUGUUUGCUUUUCUUGUAUGGGCUCACUCUCAGACUGGCCUGGCCAGGGUGAAUGUGAAAGCUGACCAUGGAAUCAGCGGUAAUCAACAAGGCUUCCAGGGAACUGCCAACAUUCCUCAGAGCUUGGAAGACAAGAUUGAUGCCAAGGAAAACCCCUCCAAAAACAAGUUUACAACAGAAAGUCACACACCGGAAAGCCUACCAGCAACCAAUCAGAUGCAGGAGCUACAGUCAUGUGACAGUCAACAGCCUGUCCAAGAUAGUGUGGUUACUCAGCUGGGCCGGGAACGGGAGGAAUUGCAGAAUAUUAAUAGCCUGCCAGGUGACAGCAUCAAACAAGAAGCUAAUCCCCUUGAAAAUGGUCCACUGGGAGCUGAACUAGGUGCAGGACGUUCAUCAGCUUCAGAAGAAAACAAGCAAGCGAUGGAAGAUCUGGAGAUACCAAGCAGAGAUGGAAAAGGUAUGAGAGAGGAACGAGCUGUCAGGGAAGACACGGCUAGCCACGCAGAUGAAUUGAUGGAGAGCAACCUACACAUGCCAACAGAUCAUCGGAUCAACUCCAACAAUAAACGAUUGGAAGCUCAUGAAGAACUUCCAGACAGCCUAGCACCUCAUUCAGAAAAGCCAGAUUUGCACAACCAGAAACCGACAGAGACAGAACAAAUGGAUGCCAAAGAGGAAAUCCCUUCUCUGAAUUUGGAAAGUGUCAGAGACACUGCAGACCUUGAUAUCCAAACCCAGCAACUGGACCAAAAAGAAUCAGAUGCUGACCCGGGGAAAGCCACAGCGCCUGGGACAAUCAGAAGCCAAGAAGCAGGUGAAGACAUCGCACCACCGAUAGAGGAGGAGACCCAACGGGGUUCCUCCGAACCCCUCAAACAGGCGGAUCUCCCCAACCAGGACGUGUCUCUCCCAAAAGAUCCUGCCGAAGACUCGGUUGAUGGUGCUUCUAGUAGAGAGGAUCAGGCCCCUAGAGAACGCUCGGCUUCUGUUGAUGCACCUCCUGAGACUCCUGAAAAGAAAGUGGAAGAGGUUUCCCCAGAAGAACCAAAAGUAGAGCUAGUAAUUGUCGACAAGGAUGAGCCUACAAAGAAAAUCGAAGAUGAAAAGAAGGAUGUUGCAGAAAAGGUAGAAAAAUCGGAGGAAGGAAAGAAGUCAGACAUGCCCCAGAAAGAAGAGGAGGAGAUGCCCUCGUUCGAUGAAUGGAAGCAGAAGAUGUUGGAGCAGCAUGAGCAAGAGAGACAGCAAGGCCAAGCCGGUAAAGGCAAUGCAGCCCCUCCCCCACGCACCUUCAGCUUAACGGAGAAUAGCAAGAACCAUGCCUCGUCAGAUUGCGGUGCCAAGAUCCUGAACGUCAACAAGGAGUCCCAGAAUGCCCCUGCCAUCCUCCAGUCCAAUCGGGACGUCUACACCUUGAAUCCAUGCUCUGCAAGUAUAUGGUUUUCUGUGGAGCUGUGUGAGCCUAUUCAAGUCAAGUACAUAGAAAUAGCCAACUAUGAGUUGUUUUCAUCUGUACCCGAGAGCUUUCGUGUCUCCAUCAGUGAUAGAUUUCCGACUCGCGAAUGGCGACAGCUGGGAACAUUCCACGCUCGUGACGAGCGCUCACUGCAGAGCUUUCCUGUCCACGAGGAGACCAUGUUUGCCAAGUACAUGAAGAUUGAGAUGCUGACGUUCUUUGGUAGUGAGCACUACUGUCCUCUCAGCACGCUCAGAGUGUUUGGCACCAGUAUGGUGGAAGAGAUCGACGAAGAGAAUGUUGCAUCAGAUAGCAUACAUGAAGAUACAGAAGUCUUGCCAGCCCAUCCAACACAGGCCCCCAGUGAGGGUGACAGCGGCUUGUUGCAAAGCGCCAAGGGUCUGGUCAGAGACCUCAUGAACGCCAUCACGGGCAAUGGCAACGGGAAGGAGACUCCUCCCUGCGAUGGUAAGAAUGGGUCUUGUCCCGAGACAGAGAUGCUGCCGUGCUUACCAGAAGAUGAACCGAAAGAGUUUCAGUCUGAGCGUUCCAAUCGGUCAGUGACUGUGGAAGAAGCACAGCAGUGCAACUACCAGAAUACGUCCGAUUUUAGUCUGGACUCGGCACGGUUCGACAAGGAGUGCCGAGGAUUAACGUUUUGCUUCAGUCCAAAUUAUGGUGAAAAGUUCCAGGACUGCUGCGUGAGGGAGGUCGCGACGUCGUUAACUACUCAUUCGUUUCUAUGCUGCAAAGAUAUGCUGAAAUUGUCACUUUACCGCAGUGUCCGCACUCCAGAGCCUUCCGCAGGUCAGAAGGACCCAUUGCACCCUUUGAAAGAGGUUCAGCAUGCUUCUCAGAUGAAGGAGCAGACAGGAACUUCAGUAGAUGAACUCAAAAUUCUGUCGGAUUCGACCACAUCCAAUGAGACAUCUCAACAGAAACUUGACAGUGAUAAAGACCCAACUCCGCAUCAAGGGACUGUGCCAGGCAACAGUCUAGAAGUCCCCCCUAGUGGUGCCACGUCAUCCGCUUCCACCUCACCCUCUGAAAUACAGAGACAGUCAGAAUCGCAGGUGAGGCCAACAAGGUCCCCGUCACCACCGCGAGCCCCUACAGAGGCAGAGACGGGUAACAUGCUCCCCUCGCCAACCCCUUCCUUAAAGCCCACCUGCGCCACCAUGCCUGUGGAGCACCCUGAGACUGUGCUACGCCCACCGAUCAACAUUCAGCCUGCUGCUGUGCAGGGGGUGAGAGAGGAUCAGGAUCUGAGAGGUCCGGAGCAGAUGCCUUCCAGCGAAGUCCAGCUGGUUGCAAAAGGCACUCCAGCUGUGUCCCUCAAGGCAGAGAAGGUGAAGACUGAGACCACUGAUCCACAGCCGUCAGCUGAGACGGACGACAGUGCUAAGGUAGGAGAGCAAAGAGCAGAGGUGAAGAAUGAACAGCGGGAGAAAGCACCAAGUGAAGAAGCAUCACCCAAGGAACCUAAAACCCCAGUUGCAAGUUCUGAGAUGGCCUCCAAAGAUUCAUCAGCUGCGAAUAAAUCAGAUGCUGCGAACUCUCCAAGCAAGAGCGGACAAGCAUAUGCCACGGAGAAGGACUCGGCCAAAAUGCCGGAAGCUGACGACACAAGGAAGAGCAUUAAAACAGAAGCCAAAGAGACCCCUGAAGCAGAGUUGGAGCCCAAAUCGGGAGAUUCCAGGGGCAAAGUGCCUGAGAGCGCCAAGCCGUCAGAGACAGCCGGGAAGGGAACCAAGACCCUCCCGGACUCAGGAGCCAACGGAAGCAGCAGCAUCGGUUCUAUUGCACAGAAGGAAUCAGUCUUCAUGAGGUUGAACAAUCGUAUCAAGUCGCUGGAGCUGAAUAUGUCACUGAGCAGCAGGUACCUGGAGGAACUAAGCCAAAGGUAUCGCAAGCGGAUGGACGAGAUGCAGAAAGCCUUCAACAAGACCAUCCAGGCACUGACAGAAAAUGCCCAGAAAGCAGAGGAGAAGGACCAGAAACAGCAGGAGUAUAUUGCCCAGCUGGAAGAUCAGAUGUCAGAGGUCAUGAUGAACCUUGAGGCAACCAAUCAAAGAUUAGAGAGCCUCCAUAGAGAGGUCACUGAGCGACACCUGUUCCUCAUGGUCAUUGAGAUUCUCCUCAUGAGCUUCAUCUUCCUCCUCUGCCUGAGACGGCUGCGCAAGAGCCGCCCCGUGGCUAGUCACGGCCCGCCGGUCGUGGUCCGCAGCCACGAUAAUGGGAUCCGUAGAAACUCACAUCCGUCGACUCCAAGGAGGAAGGAGCACGAGGAGAAGCACCUACUGCCCCGAGUCAGCCAGCGAACGAUAUCAGGAGGUAGCUGUGAUGAUCUUCUAAUCAUUGGCCCCAGCACUCCUUUCUUAGAAUCCCUUCAACAGGCCAAUGAGCCUGCGCGACAGAAACCAAAGAACAAAGCCAAGCACAAACCUUUGAAGAGCGUCUCCAACCCCUCAGUGCUGCAGAACCACCAGCCCGGUCCCCCAGCCAAGCGGGCCACCAAGAUGACGGCCGCUGGCGUCCUUUUCAGAGGGCCUGCCUUCGGCGGGGGCCGGACACCCCCGGACUCGCCCACUGAUUCCGUCCACAGGACGCUCAGCGCUGAGGAGAUAUCCAGCCGCGUGCAGGACGUCGGGAGGGGUGCUGCCCCUAUGAAGCAGCAGUAUCCAAGAGCGGGCGGCAAGCACCCGGCGAAGAAGCAAGGGUUGAUGAUGAAUGGCCGCAGGUAGCAGGAGAUACGGCUGUCCAAAGAUACCCAGAUAUCCUACCAUAUCCAGGCAUAGCAGAUAUCAAGGUCUGCUUGGGCUAACCAAAUUACAAAAAAUGUGUGCUAAAUUUGUUCAUUGUUCGAUUCGAGGUACUAUGUACAAAUACUCACCUUGUUAUUUCUCGUUCCAAAAGGAAGGUUUUUCAUGUUCCUCUAAGGCACUUUCAGAAACGUCUCUUUUUGUCAUUGGACUUGCUUGAAUGAGACAUCAAGUGCUGCUGUUUUUCUUUUCUUUUUAUGGUUAUCUUUGUCCUAUUUAAGGAAAAUUUUUGCUCCGGGCUGUUAGUACCAUGCUUUUUCCGAGUUCUUACUUCUUACAACUCAAGUAUUCAUUGACCUGUAACCUUCUAGGGCAUGCAACAAAAUGUAUUGACUUGUGUUAAAGGCCAAAUGAGCAGUAGAUAUUUUGAUGUUUAAAGGAUAGUGUGUUUGUCCCUGUGCCAUUUUCCACUGGCAUUUUACUCUCCAAAGUCUGUGCUGUCUCUGAUUAAAUAUUCAAUAUUUAGAUCUAGCUUUCUGGCUUGAUCUUUUAUUGAACAAGGAGCACCAUGUUACCUGUCUAACAUUACUUUUUUCUGCAUGUGGUCAGUUCAAAGGCAUUCCUUUUUUCCCAGCAUGAAGUAACGUCGUAAAUAUCUGCACAGGUAAUGCAUUGCAUUAUUUUUUUUGUAUCCUUACCAAAUUCUGUACAGAAAUAGUUAUAUUUUAAACCUACGAUAAUGUUCAUAUUAUAUACUCUUUAUUCCUUGUUUUGUUGCAAUAUUUACAUUUGAUGGGUUCCCUUAGUUCCAAAGUGAGUCAUUUUUUCAGAUUUGGUUUAAAGCACAGGUAAGAAAAGGCCGAGGCUAUUUCUUGGCAGAGACACUUGCAACCAGCAGGUGGAUUUCCUUGACUCCGAUCGAUCAGGUUGAAUGUUUGAGCCCAGCUGGGGAAGCUGAAGAUUGUCAGCAGUUAAAUGUGGAAUGUUGGCAUGUGCAUGCAAUGGGCUCUUUGACUGAUUGUUUGAGUUGGUUUGGUUUGUCAUGUAUUCAUUUUUGUGGCAAAGCACAAUUUGGCACUUAGUGCAGUUAUGUGAAAUGAGUCCCAUAUUAGUUCUUGUUUUUUUCCUGCAGGAGAUAAAAUUAGAAACCCAGCAUCUCAUUGUAAUAGAUGACAGAUUUAUUUGAAUGACACGGGUCAGGCAUGGAUUUCCAUAGAACAUUCUGCAAAAAUUAGCAGAUAAUGGCCAUCACAGUUCACAAGUAUUUACCCAAUAUUUCCCCCUCAGAUAUGUACUUGGUUUGAGAUGUACAAUACUAUUAUAUCUUCUCUGCAAGUCAAAAGCAUUUGGGUAUUUUUGCUCUUUUUGGGCAACUUUGGCAAGAUGAUAGCUCUAGAAAAAUGGGAAAUUGCACAAAUGACAAAUGUUUAUGAUUACAUUGGUAACGUAUAACGAUUAAUUUCCGUGAGGUGAUAGAAUGUUCCAUUCCCAUGAGUUGAAGCCGAGUGGAAUUGAACAUUUCAUCUGCCACUGAAUGAAACAAUUCUUUCCUGGACGUAGUUCCUGCAUUACCCGGAUUAUCCCUGAAUAAAUCAAUCUUGAAUAAAUCCCUGCUUGAGCUAUGAUUUCUUUUGACUGUGGAAUAGAACUUCUAUUUAACAUGGAUCAGAACUGCUGUUUACCAUGGAAUGGAACUUCCAUUUUGUUGGGCACCCAUGCCAGGCAUUGGGACCAAUGAUUCAAUGAUACAUGAUCAAUGACCUAAUCAGACGACAGGGAUUUAUUCAGGUAUUGUUUAAGACCAAAUUAAUGUGGCUUUUUCAUCUAAAAGAUGAUCAGCGGAGUGAAGUAAGCCAAGUUUCCCAUGUUGUCACUCGCAUGUACCAGUGUAAUGCACGUUUUCUGCUUUUGUUGUAUUCGCUUCACAAAUACAACCCAUUGGAAUGUUAAAAAAGGAUGGACACAGUAACAGUAAAAAAGAAGGCAAUUUCAUGAAACAAGCUGCGCUAACGUGACAAGUGCAUUAGUGAGUGGAGACUUGGAAACUUAGUGCAUGUUCAUACAGAGUACUCAUAUGCCACUGAAAGCGCAUCAUAUUGUGUGCCAUGGUAGAAAGGUGCACGUGGCAAUUAGCUUUUUUUUUUACCAAACUGCUAAGACAUUGUGACCUGUGAAAAUUGGUUUUUAUUUAGGAUGGUAGAAGUUUUUAAAAGAGGAAUAAUUGAUUAGGAGAAUGGACGCUGAUUAUGGCCGAGCCGAAGACAUUAUCAGCGUCCAUUCUCUUGAGCCGGUCUUAAAACGAACGUUUAAUAAAGGCCGGCUGAGCACAGUUUAUUCCCGUUCUUUAAUGAAUUGCGAAGUGAAAACGUACAAAAUUACAAAUUUCUAAACGAUUUUGUUCAACUUUUUUUAAGCACCGCUUUAGCCAUGCUAUAUGUGUUCCACUCGAGAAUAAUCCAAAACAAUCUCUUUAUAUUUUGGUGUGGAGAUUUGCGAGUUUGGGGCACACUGCGUGAGGUGGUCAGUGCCCCUCGCUGCUCUCACAGUCUGGCUGGGAUGGGCAAGCGUGUUUCGCAGAUUUUUUGUGAAGGAAACACUACACAGCUGUGGUCACGCCGAGCAUUAUGCGUUACUCGCUGUCUUAUUCCUUACAAGAAGAAGUUCAAAGGAACGCUAUCCGCUGAGUUCUCGACAAACUACCGGUAAACGUCUGAUACAUUUACCCUUGCGCCAGCACCCCGUAAGGGCGGUGGGGGCCGAGAUGGUAGGUGCACAGCUAGCCACUGGUUUCAACUGUGAUGGGCUCUCGGCCAAUAGGAGCGGCUAAACCCUGAUAAUAUCCACGAAUAAAGGCGCCUUUCCGUUUGUGUGUCAACACUUGCGCCAAGCGUUGUGUAUCAGUCAAAAUCGCUCCCAGGCGGGGCGAUUUGGAGUUAUAUUCAUGGGUCGGUUUUUGUGUCCAUGAAACGCACCGAAAAACGUGCAUGUGGAAAAGCACCUUAACCCUUCUUUGAUGCAGGGUUGUAAGCACUGUUCUCUUUAUGCAUUCUGAGAGCUUGCGAAUAAACAAUUUUGGGUUCAGAAUGGUGGUUCUGUCCACAUGAGUAAUGUGGAGGUUUAUGGGUUUGCGUCGUAAUCAACAUCGAUCAAUGUUACAUUAAUAUUGGCAUAAGGGUCAUGCUAUAAACUUGGGGUCUGACAUGUGACAAUUUUCCGGUUACACCUGACUUGUAUAAUAUGGCAAGGGAUAUAUCACUGAAAUUGAUUUAAAACUAGUUUUAUUUGUUGGCAGGUAAUUUGCAGUACUUAGUCAAUUUGAGAAAUUACAGCAUGACUUCUAAACAUGAAACAGUCGUACGCCAGAUGUAACAGGGACGGGGAAAAUUGGACCCCAAAUUUAAAGAAUGACCCAUUAUCUAGUGAUGUUUGGGCACUUGCGCACCUGUGUAUAAUUGUGAAUGAAAGGUUUAUUUCAGAGAUGUCUUAUUGACCGGAUCGUCAGUUCUGUCUGUGAGAGUAUUGUCUUCAUGUUCGUUCGUUCGUUCGAUUUAAUCAGUACAUGUAGACCGGAUUCUAAUUACAGGUACUUUACGUCAAAUGCCAGACGCCAGCAAGUAGUUCCACUCACAGGGUUGUUCGUGGCUUGAUUGAAAAAGGAACUUUGUUUGGUUUAAUUAAGGUUUACCGCUCUUCAUUACCUGCUAAAUAUGAUUUACACUUGUAAUUUUUAUGCAAAGUUGUUUUAAAAACAUAUUUAUGCAUCUUGAUCACUGUGCCUUCCCUAGGUAAUUCUAAACAGCUGCACGGCUGGAAAUAUACAGCAUUUUUGGAGAAAUGCUUAAGUGCACACCAUUGCAGUGGGGCUGUAUUUAUUCUUCCACCGGCGUACAAAUAGAGGCUAUGCGUGGUAACCAUAUUGCAGGGCAGUUCUUUUGUUCCACAGGGAAGCCUCCUUUGUGCAUACCCUAUGGAACAAAAGCUUUGACCUACAAGAUGGCAGCAAUGCAAACCCUCUAUAAUCAGAGUGAACGAGUACGACAGAGCAAAUAGAAUUAAAGUUUCUCCUCGGUGUAAAUACAGUAUUAAUUAAGCGUUCACCAAAUAAGCAACCAAGCUAAUUAAUAUGCAAUAUGAAUGUCUCCACUGUGUUCUAUCCAAUUGUAAGCUCCAUGAGUAAUAAAUGUUCGCACGUGGACGGUUUUCAAAACUA